GAAAAUAAUAUUGAUACAUUUACAAUAAGGAAAUAUCUGGCUGCUCUUGGAGAGUUUCAUGAGGCUCAGACACAUCAAAGUUCAGGAAAAUGUGAAGUGGGAGCAGUGCAAAGAAAGAAAUAUGAGUAAGGAGACUAUUUCAGUGCCCAUUAAAAUACUCUUAUUUGGAUUCUGUGCUUUUCCUGGGUCUCUGUUUUUCAGCUGGGUUUGAGUGUGAUGAUGGUAAUCUAACCACCACUGAGUUGCACACAUGCCCAAACUCUGAAUAAAAAUAGAACUUUCUUAGUCUAAGCCUUCUUUCCGAAGCAUGCUAGGACUGAGAUCACUCCCUUCCAGGUUCUGAAAUUUAUUUUUCCUAGUUUGAAAAAAGAAAAAAAAAGCUUGGAUUUGUGAGGGAAGUGAAGAUUUAUUUAUUCUUGCUCUGUCUCUAUGGGUGCAAUGAAGAGCCUUUCGAAACGCCAAUAAGACUUCGGUACACUGAGAGACACUACUUGAAAAUACUGAAUUUCGAUUGCCAUCAGCCUGAAAGAAAGCACUGGGAUUUUCUUAAAGUUUAGGAGAAAAUAAAUACUCGGAAGAGACGCGGGGUGGCGCUGCAGCCUUAGAAGUAGCAGAAACAAAGCACCCAGCCGACGCUUCCUUACCCAGAUACUCAGCUAAAGAAGCAGCAAGCAGGAAGAGGAGGCUUUCUAAGGCGGUCGCUCCGGGAAAUCCGGGCCCUAGGAUUGUCCACUCAUCCCCGUAUCAGCGAGAUACGGGGAGAUAGAGUCAGCGACAACGUGAGCCAGGGCUGGAGCACGUUUGGUGAGAGACCAGAAAGCAAUGGAGGCCGGAGAGGGGAAGGAGCGCGUUCCGAAACAAAGGCAAGUCCUGAUAUUCUUUGUUUUGCUGGGCAUAGCUCAGGCUAGUUGCCAGCCUAGGCACUAUUCAGUGGCCGAGGAAACGGAGAGUGGCUUCUUUGUGGCCAAUUUGUUAAAAGACCUGGGGCUGGAGAUAGGAGAACUUGCUGUGAGGGGGGCCAGGGUCGUUUCCAAAGGAAAAAAAAUGCAUUUGCAGUUCGAUAGGCAGACCGGGGAUUUGUUGUUAAAUGAGAAAUUGGACCGGGAGGAGCUGUGCGGCCCCACAGAGCCCUGUGUCCUACCUUUCCAGGUGUUACUAGAAAAUCCCUUGCAGUUUUUUCAGGCAGAGCUACGGAUUAGGGACAUAAAUGAUCAUUCCCCAGUUUUCCUAGACAAAGAAAUACUUUUGAAAAUUCCAGAAAGUAUCACUCCUGGAACUACUUUCUUAAUAGAACGUGCCCAGGACUUGGAUGUAGGAACCAACAGUCUCCAAAAUUACACAAUCAGUCCCAAUUUCCACUUUCAUCUUAAUUUACAAGACAGUCUCGAUGGCAUAAUAUUACCACAGCUGGUGCUGAACAGAGCCCUGGAUCGCGAGGAGCAGCCUGAGAUCAGGUUAACCCUCACAGCGCUAGAUGGCGGGAGUCCACCCAGGUCCGGCACGGCCCUGGUACGGAUUGAAGUUGUGGACAUCAAUGACAACGUCCCAGAGUUUGCAAAGCUGCUCUAUGAGGUGCAGAUCCCGGAGGACAGCCCCGUUGGAUCCCAGGUUGCCAUCGUCUCUGCCAGGGAUUUAGACAUUGGAACUAAUGGAGAAAUAUCUUAUGCAUUUUCCCAAGCAUCUGAAGACAUUCGCAAAACGUUUCGAUUAAAUGCAAAAUCGGGAGAACUGCUUUUAAGACAGAAACUGGAUUUCGAAUCCAUCCAGACGUACACAGUAAAUAUUCAGGCGACAGAUGGUGGGGGCCUAUCUGGAACUUGUGUGGUAUUUGUCCAAGUGAUGGAUUUGAAUGACAAUCCUCCGGAACUGACUAUGUCGACACUUAUCAAUCAGAUCCCAGAAAACUUGCAGGACACCCUCAUUGCUGUAUUCAGCGUUUCAGAUCCUGACUCCGGAGACAACGGAAGGAUGAUGUGCUCCAUCCAAGAUGAUCUUCCUUUUUUCUUGAAACCUUCUGUUGAGAACUUUUACACUCUGGUGAUAAGCACGGCCCUGGACCGGGAGACCAGAUCCGAAUACAACAUCACCAUCACCGUCACCGACUUCGGGACACCCAGGCUGAAAAUCGAGUACAACAUAACCGUGCUGGUCUCCGACGUCAAUGACAACGCUCCCGCCUUCACCCAAACCUCCUACACCCUGUUCGUCCGCGAGAACAACAGCCCCGCCCUGCACAUCGGCAGUGUCAGCGCCACAGACAGAGACUCAGGCACCAACGCCCAGGUCACCUACUCGCUGCUGCCGCCCCAGGACCUGCACCUGCCCCUCACCUCCCUGGUCUCCAUCAACGCGGACAACGGCCACCUGUUCGCUCUCCAGUCGCUGGACUACGAGGCCCUGCAGGCGUUCGAGUUCCGCGUGGGCGCCGCUGACCGCGGCUCCCCGGCGUUGAGCAGCGAGGCGCUGGUGCGCGUGCUGGUGCUGGACGCCAACGACAACUCGCCCUUCGUGCUGUACCCGCUGCAGAACGGCUCCGCACCCUGCACCGAGCUGGUGCCCCGGGCGGCCGAGCCGGGCUACCUGGUGACCAAGGUGGUGGCGGUGGACGGCGACUCGGGCCAGAACGCCUGGCUGUCGUACCAGCUGCUCAAGGCCACGGAGCCCGGGCUGUUCGGCAUGUGGGCGCACAAUGGCGAGGUGCGCACCGCCAGGCUGCUGAGCGAGCGCGACGCGGCCAAGCACAGGCUGGUGGUGCUGGUCAAGGACAAUGGCGAGCCUCCGCGCUCGGCCACCGCCACGCUGCACGUGCUCCUGGUGGACGGCUUCUCCCAGCCCUACCUGCCGCUCCCGGAGGCGGCCCCGGCCCAGGCCCAGGCCGACUUGCUCACCGUCUACCUUGUGGUGGCGUUGGCCUCGGUGUCUUCGCUCUUCCUCUUCUCGGUGCUCCUGUUCGUGGCGGUGCGGCUGUGCAGGAGGAGCAGGGCGGCCUCGGUGGGUCGCUGCUCGGUGCCCGAGGGCCCCUUUCCAGGGCAUCUGGUGGACGUGAGCGGCACCGGGACCCUGUCCCAGAGCUACCAAUACGAGGUGUGUCUGACUGGAGGCUCCGGGACAAAUGAGUUCAAGUUCCUGAAGCCAAUUAUCCCCAACUUCGUUGCUCAGAGUGCAGAGAGGGUUAGCGAGGCAAAUCCCAGUUUCAGGAAGAGCUUUGAAUUCAGUUAAGUGUUAAUAAGGAUCUACUGAGCCUCGUCUUAGUUAAUCUGUGGAAAGUCCUUUUUUACUGCUUUGCCCAUUGGAGGUGUCUCCUUUUAUUAGAAAGUAACCAUCUUAUUCCAAUUCUAUGCAUGUUACUGGUAUUUAUAAAUGUAUGAGUUUUUUUGCGGUAUAAUGAAUGUAAAUUUUCUUUGUAUUCUAAUUGUUGGUUAGUUUCAUUGCAAUUUAAUUGCAUUUAAAGUGUAAAAGUAAAUUUUGUAUUUUCAGAAAUCUUUAAGUUAGAGCAUCUUUUCCAGACCUCACAGUCCAUGGUCCUAGAUAAUUUUGAAGUCCUACAUUUGAAAAUAUUUGUUAUCAUUACAUGAGUUAUAUUUUCCAGCCCAGAAUAUUUGUGUUUUUUAUAUCCUCUUAGGCUAGUGUAAAUUCUAUCCUGUGAAUUCACAUUGGCUAACCCUUUAAAUAGGUAUAUUUAUGAAUAAUAUAGCAAGCACCGUCCUUACGUUUUUCAAUAUAUGUACUUUUUUUUUUUUGAGAUGGAGUUUUGCACUUGUUGCUCAGGCUGUAGUGGAGUGCAAUGGCGCAAUCUCGGCUCGCCGCAACCUCUGCCUCCCGGGUUCAAGCGAUUCUCCUGCCUCAGCCUCCCAAGUAGCUGGGAUUACAGGCAUGCAUCAUUAUGCCCGGCUAAUUUUGUAUUUUUAGUAGAGACAGGGUUUCUCCAUGUUGGUCAGGUUGGUCUUGAACUCCUGACCUUAGGUGAUCUGCCCACCUCAGCCUCCCAAAGUGCUGGGAUUACAGGCGUGAGCCACCGCUCCCCAGUCCAAUAUGUAUACUUCUUUCAAGUGUUGACAUAUGAAAAGUAUUAGUCUUUAGAGAUUGUAAGAAUUUUAACUGUUGGAUUCUUCAAGGCAUUAACAUCAUAAGUACUCUAAUAAAUUUUUGUCAAAAGUCAAUCAUUAAUAUUCGAAAAUGUAGAUAAAUAAUACAUGUCUAGCAGUUUUCAAAGGCAUGCUAAUUCAUCAUGAUUUCUCUUUCAAAUAGUUUUUUUAAGAGCCCUCUGCUUAUUCCAGUCCCCCCCUUUAAAAUCUUUUUAAAUUAUUAAUAACCUAUUAACUUUGAGCACUUCAUUAAAAUCCAAAAAAUUUGAGGGAGUACAUGUCUUUGUCCUUGACCUUUAGAACUCUCAAACAUAGCUUGGUAUUGCUGUUUUUAAAAUUUUCUGGAGCAUUUAGGAUUCACUUAGAAACAAGCCUUUAGGGAGAAAAAUGUAUCUAGCACCACUCACUCUAUUUUUUUGCACUGACUACUUCUAUUUUCCCCCUUUCAUUUCCCUAGACUUUUCAAUGCUUUUUUAUAAAGGCGCUUGAGUUCUGUUUCUCAACAGCUCCCUCAUUUAUUGAAUGAUUCACACAGUCACUGGAACAUUAUAGGCUCUUAAUAAAAUUUUUGAAUGACUGAAAGAGAGAAAAGUAUUUUACCUGUGAUAUAUUGAUAUUUAAAUAAACUAGAACACUUAAAGGAAAACAUUUUGCUGGAAUCAAAUACUCUUUGGUGUACAAUGAAUUAUAAUUUUGUUAUUAAUUGAAUUGGUUACCAUUGUUCGAACAUGCAGUUAUCAUUCUGUUGUCGCUUUCCUUCAACAUAUUUUUACUUUUUCUCUUAAUGCUUAAAUUGAGCCUCCUUUCCUGUCCACUGGCUUAAGGAAUACAGAUGGCUUUUAAUUUUAUUACUUAAAUUUCCUUCCAUAGUUCCCUAAAUGACUCACCCAACUGUUUUCAUUUCUUGCAGUUUACUUUCUGAUCCAUACAUUAAAACAAAUCUUAAUUCUUAA